AUGCGAACCUUCGUGCUCCUUCUCGCACUCUGUGCUGUCGCCAUUCUUGCAUCUUCGCUCCAACACAAAGUGAAAAAGUACAGCAAUCGCAACCGAUACAACCUCAAGGGAUGCUACAAACAAACUGGACGCGUCUACGAGCACAAGUAAGACUUUGGGCUUCCGGGCUUGCACUGUAUUCCAUCAUAUUCCAGGAAAAAUGACAGAAUCUACGAGACUGAUGAAUUCGACUCGGAGGAUCUUCCAAAGACCUGGGAUUGGAGAAACGCCAAUGGAGUCAACUACGCCUCCGCUGACAGAAACCAGCACAUCCCACAAUGUGAGUACUUUCUAAUUAUUUUGCCCCGCUCUUUCGAGGAGGCUCCAAAAAUUGGUUGUAAUACUCAAUGUUUGCUCCUUUGCACGGAAAUCUUUAGUAAAAGGCGAAAGAUUUUCACGGUCAAAUGCAGAGGAACCAGAGUUAAAGAGAGUGUAAUGACUGGGAAGGUCAAUGCACGCAGCAGCCGACACCUCACGGGUUCCGCCACCCGCUAUGUUUUGUGCGGAGGGGGCGGGGUUUAUGCUCACGACCGCCCUCUUCGAUGGAAAAAGGUUAUAAUUCUGCCAAUGAAAGUUUAAUUUUUCAGACUGCGGAUCGUGCUGGGCUUUCGGUAAGUGACACACUGUUCACAUUCUGUUUCAAUUCAACAGAAUGUCAUUUUCAGGAGCAACAAGUGCUCUGGCCGACCGUAUCAAUAUCAAGCGCAAAAACGCGUGGCCACAAGCGUACCUGUCAGUCCAAGAAGUGAUCGACUGCUCCGGAGCAGGAACUUGUGUGAUGGGCGGAGAGCCGGGCGGUGUCUACAAGUACGCUCACGAGCACGGAAUUCCGCAUGAGACAUGCAACAACUACCAGGCUAGAGACGGAAGUAAGAAGGGAGGGAGGGCAGCAAAACGGGAACUAUGAAAUCUAUGCCGAUGACGUUGCAGAGUGUGAUCCGUACAACCGAUGCGGUUCGUGCUGGCCAGGAGAGUGCUUCUCCAUCAAGAACUUCACUCUGUACAAGGUCUCCGAAUACGGAUCCGUCAGUGGCUACGAAAAGAUGAAGGCCGAGAUCUACCACAAAGGACCGAUCGCCUGCGGAAUCGCCGCCACGAAAGCCUUCGAGACCUACGACGGAGGGGUCUACAAGGAGGUGACCGACGAGGACAUCGACCAUAUUAUUUCGGUGCACGGAUGGGGAGUCGACCAGACGACCGGAGUCGAGUACUGGAUCGGAAGGAACUCGUGGGGACAGCCGUGGGGAGAGGACGGAUGGUUCCGCGUCGUCACUUCGCAGUACAAGAACGCCGGAAGCAAGUACAAUCUGAAGAUCGAGGAGGACUGCGUCUGGGCCGAUCCUAUCGUCUGA